AUCUAUCUAUCUAUGAUUGUAUAAUUUAGGUCUGGAAGAUUUCAUUGACUUUUGAGCAUGAGUUCUAACUUAGUGAAGAAUUUUAGGUUCCAGAUGUAUCUAGGAGUGUAACUUGAGCCUCUUUUCCCUGUGGGCACCGCUUGGACUGAUUUUUAGACCAUUCUUGCUGAUUACCCUUUUUCUUUUGAAAUGAUAAUGCUAUUGAUUAGACUAAUGCUCUCUUUUAUACUUUGUUAUGCUUUGAUUAGAUUUCCUGGCCUGAUCUUCUUUCUCCUUGAUUUUUAAAUACUCUUCACUUAAUCUCAUCCAUUAUGUGUGGAUUAGACUGAAUUUAAGCCCCUUGAUGGGCUCCUCCAAAUUCCAGCAGCUCCCUAGGUACUUCAUAGAGGUCAUGUCAGCAGGGUGCUGGAAACUAAGACAGUCCUGCUGUGUUCUCUGCCACUGCUCCCUGGUUCUGCAGGGGAAAAGCAGACACUCGCAACCUCUUACAGUUUGGUAAUAGAGAGUUUCUUUCAUUCAUUCAUUCACUCAUUCAUAUUUUUGAGGUAAUGUCUCAUUUUAUAUACACCAGUGAUUCUCAACCUUCCUAAUGCUUCAACCCUUAGUAGAGUUCCUUAUGUUGUGAUUCUCAAUCAUAAAAUGCUACUUCAUAACUAAUUUAGUUACUAUUAUGAAUCGUAAAUAUCUGAUAUGAAGGUGGUCUUAGGUGACCCUAUGAAACAGUCAUUUGACGCCCAAAGGGGUCACAAUCUCAGAACCGCUGAUACAGAUCAAGCUGGCCUUCAACUAUGCAGCCCAGGCUGGUCUGGAUCUUUAUCCCUUAGCCUGCCUGCCAGUGCAGAGGUUGCUGUUACUGCUGCCAUGUCCUCAUUUUUUUAAAGUUAGUGUCUGUGCAUGAGCAUGUGCAUGUGAAUGUGGGUGGGUGCCUGAAGAAACCAGAAGCUUAAGAUACCCUGGAGCUGGAUUUAUAGAUGCUUGUGAGUACUGGGAACCAAACCCUGUCCUCUGGUGGAGCAGUACUCUUAACCAUAGAUCUAUUUAUUUCUCCACUCCCCAGGAAUAAUAAUUUUUAAAUCAAGUUUUGGGUAGUUUGCUGAACACCACUGUCGUAGUGGGAUAGACCAUUUUGCUUUUCUGGUUCAGAAAACAUGAGCUGGCACUCCCUCUUCCUCCCCCCCCCUUCUCCAUUUUGUACACUAUCACAAAGUUUUAAGUGUGUUGGCGUUCUCACUUUAUGUCUUAAGACGGUGUUUCCUGCUCAGAUUAAUAUAACAUGUCGUGUCAUAGCACAAAGUUCUCAGAUAGAGUCAGAAGCCUCAAACAGGUGUCUCGAUGUGAAGAAAUGGAGGAGGCACAGUGAACAGUGCAUGUGAGACUGGGAAGUGAGCUAGGAAAGGCAGAUGCCAGCGUGUAGGCUUGCAUCAUAAUUAACAUUACAAUUAUGUGUUGGGAACUGUGUUCUAGACUUUGUUGGUCAAUUCAUUUAAGCCUCACAUCACCCUUUAGAGAAUACAUACUGUUUUCUUCUUCCUCUCAUCUUAAAAGACAGUGGCAGAAUUGUGGCUUAGUGGUCUUUAAGUAACUUGUUAAGGGGUUCUGGAUAUCUGGAUAAGAGUCUAUGCUGUCUUUUAAAAUGCACAUUAUUUCAUUACUCACCCUGCCCCCACCGCCCCAAUAGUAAUUCCCAUUACUUUUGCUAGCCAGAGAAUCUGAUUCUUUGAGGAUAAAAGCUGAAGCAGUUUUACUAAAGCUGCCCUGGGGGAGAGGGGCUGGAGGAAUGGCUUAGUAAUUAAGCACUUGCUGCUCUGGCAGGGGGCAUGGUUUCAGUUCCCAGCACCCAUAUGGUGGCCAAUGCUGCCCAUAAUUCCAUCGUCAGCAGGGAUCCAACACCCUCUUCUGGCUUCCAUGGACAUCAGGCAGACAUGUGGUACACACAUGCAUACAUGCAAGCAAAAUACUUACACAUAUGAUAUAAAAUAAAUAAAUUUUGCUUGUUUGUUUGAGACAGGGGCUCACUAUGUAGAACAAGCUGACCUCACAGAGAUCCACCUGCCUCUGCCUCCAGAGUGCUGAAAUUAAGGAUGUGUUCUACCACACUUGGCCCAAAACAAAUAAAUUUUCAUGUAAAGUUGACCUAGGGAUGUGGUGGACUGUUUCCAUCUUCAUUCUUUUCUGUUAAGUAAAUAAGGAAGUGGAGGCCUGAUCCAGCAAUACGUGUAUGUCAUUCAUACCUGGCUUAGAUGACCUUACUUAUUGAUGGUUUUAUGAGAACAUAGCAAUAUUUACAAGUACUCUAUUUCUGGUUCAGAUGAGAUGCCCCUGCCUUUGCUUUUUACAGCCUCCAAGAGGCUAGAUAGAAAAGCUGGCUGAUGGGUGGGGGGUGGAGAGAAAAGAGGCACCAGGCGGAAGUGACAAGCCUGAGAAGCAGACAGCCCUAUUGAUUCAUGCUGCAAGCUACAUUCUGGAGCAAAGAACUGAAAUCCAUUAUACCAAGCACACAGCAUUAUGAUCCCUUUGAAAAGCAGUUUAGAUGCCAUCUAAUCCCAAAUCAUUUAAAAAAACAAUUUUGAAGUAGCCAGAUUUCUAAAAUGCAAUUUGUCUCAGACUAGCACAGUGAAAUUAAUGGAAAAAUAACACUUUAUUGGUAUCUUCCUUUUAUAUAUUGUGUUUAAUUGUGUGACUAGGUAUAUCAAAUUGUACUUUAGAUAAGUACCAACAAGGAGCUAGGAUAUAUCCCUUGUAUAUUGAAAAACUCACACAAAGAUAGGAUAGAAAAGAGACCCUACCAGACAUUUCACCUUUUUUCUUUAAAAAUAUGUCACAAGGACAGUAUAAAAGAAGAAUUUUAUACAAAUAAUCUUUAUUCUUUCUACAUAUAGGUAUUAUUUCUGCAUAUGUGUGGUUGCCAUUUCUUUUUGUAAAUUCUAGAUAUGCAGUGCUAUAUACUACUACUACAACAAUCAAACCUUACUUUGUAUUAGUAUUGCAUUAAUAUUGUAUGACGAGAGGUGAUGUUAUCAUACAAGUUAAACUUUCAACUCUUUUUUUUUAAAAGAUUAUUUAUUUUAUGUAUAUGAUUAUACUGGUGCUAUCUUCAGACACACCAGAAGAGGACAUCAAAUCACAUUACAGAUGGAUGUGAGCCACCAUGUGGUUGUUGGGAUUUGAACUCAGGACCUUUGGAAGAGCAGUCAGUGCUCUUAACCACUGAGCCAUCUCUUCAGCCCAAACCUGCAACUUUUAAUCAUAACUUCAAAUUCAUGUCAGAUGUCUAUACAUUUUGUCAGUAUGUUUCAUCUAGCAACUUUCACUGUGUACAAACUUCACAGUUUUCUGUCAAGAAUUUAAAAGAAAAAAAAACUUCUAAAGUUUUAAGAGUUGCAUAGAUCAUAACCAUUUGGAUCACAUGUGACUUAGACAAAGCACAGCUACAACCCCAGAAUGUGAGACACUAUUCUUAUGCCUAGUUUCCACCAUGUAGCUCAAAGGCCAGGGAGCCAAUUUGUGGUAGAUCCAAAUGCUUUUCUAAAUACCAUUCUUGUUCCUUCAGAGCCAGCCUUCCUCUCCCUACAUUGCCAUAGCCAUCAGGAAUGUCAAGAAUUUAUUUUUAAUAGUUAUCGAGUAAUGUACUUUUUUUUUAUAUAUAUAUAUAAAGAUAAGGGCUUAGUUUAUUUUUCUGUGAGUACCUAUUUAUUCUUUAUUCAGAGGAAGUUAGACUUGGGUGAGGGUUGAUUGUAUUUUAACUUUCAGAUUGUGGUAGAGCAUAUAUAACAAAUCUUAGGUGGUGCCCAGUUCAGUAAUGCUAAAGUACACUCGUGUUAUUGUGCACCUGAUCUGCAGAACUCACACAUCUUAUGAGACAACUCCUUAGCUGCUUGCACUCAGCCCCUGGCAGCUAUUUUUCUUUUUCUUUUUUUUUUUUUUUUUCUAUUUUAUUUGUUUGUUUGUUUGGUUGGUUUUUUUUGUUUGUUUGUUUGUUUUUGUUUUUUGUUUUUUUCAAGACAGGGUUUCUCUGUGUAGCCCUGGCUGUCCUGGAACUCACUCUGUAGACCAGGCUGGCCUUGAACUCAGAAAUCUGCCGGCCUCUGCCUCCCAAGUGCUGGGAUUAAAGGUGUGUGCCACCACAGCUCAGGGUUCUUUUUUAUCAUUAAAAUAAUUUAUUACUUUUUAGUUCAUGUACAUUGGUGUUUCAUCUGUGUGUGUCUGUAUGAAGGCUUUGGAUCCCCUGGAGUUACAGACAGUUAUUAGCUGCCAUGUGGGUGCUGGGAAUUGAACCCAGAUCCUCUGGAAGAGCAGCCAGUGCUCUUAACUGCUGAGCUAUUUCUCUCGCCCUGGCAGCUACUUUUCUAUAGAUUAUUCUAAUUAUUUUAUACAGAUGAACUACAGGCUGGGGAUGGGGAGAUGGCUCACCAGGUGAGAGCCUUUGCCAUGCAAUGCCCAGAACCCAGGCUGGAAGGGAAGACCUGACCUCUACAGUCAGGCUGCAGCACCCCUGCCCCAUCAUGCACAUACACACAUAAAUAAAAUAAAACCCAAAUGGACUCAUACAGUAUUUGCCUUUGUGACUAGCUUAUUUUAUUGAGCAAUUUCACCCAUAGCAUUUCAAAUAGAACAGCUUCAAGUGUACAGCAAAAUUAAAUAGAUGGUACAAGGGUUUCCUAAAUGUCUCCUGCCCUUGAUAUAUUGCUUACCCCUCUCUUAAAUGUUUCACUUCCUAAAUAAUACCUAUGUGAGGUAAUGCAUAUUUAAUUGGCUAGAUUUUAUCAUUUAUGAUGUGUAUAUAAUUUUCAAAUAGCAUGCUGUAUAUGAUAAAUAGUUUUAUCUCUCUAUUUGAAAUACAAAUUAAACUUUACAAAGACUUCACAGCGUCUCCUGUUUAUUGCAGGGGAUAUGUUCACUGGACUUCAGCAGACACCUAAGACUGGAUAGUAGUAACCUAAGCCACAGUCUAGUCGCUCACUGUGGCCAUAACAUUUUAGCUACUUCCCUCCACCUUCAUGUAGCUCCUGUGCAUGUUUUCGUUUAUACCUUAAUAUUUCACUUUUAGGAGGCAUUGAUAGAAGUGAAACUACAUCUGAUUCCAAAUGCUACUUGUUCAUUGUUGAUACAUAAGAAAGCAUUUAUUUAUUUAUGUAUCUACCACAUCCUACUUGUUGUUCAAUCCAGGAGUCUUUGGUUGAUCACCUUUAUAUGUAGACAGUCAUGCCAUGCAAAAACAGUUGUGUUUUCCUUCUCAGAGGCCCCUCUCCUGCUUUAUCUUCCUCUUUGCUCCGCCCUCUCUCUCUUGCCCUCCCUUACCACUGUUGCCUCCUUUCCUUUCCUUUUUUCCUUUUCCUUUUUCUUGUGGUUUUCCGAGACAGGGUUUCUCCGUAUAACCCUGACUGUCCUGGAACUCUCUGCCUCCCGAGUGCUGGGAUUAAAGGCGUGCACCACCACCGCCCGGGUGUCUCCUUUUCUUUUAUUGUUCUUUUCUUUGUUCUUUUACUACAUAAACUGAGUUCCAGUAUAAUGUUGACAAUAGAAGACAUCCUUUUCUUGCUCCUGAUUUUAAUGGGAAAGGUCGAAUGGUAUGUGGUUCAUGUAGACCACAUUUUGUUUCCCUCUCACCCAUUGAUGGACACUUGGGUAGCUUCCAUUUUUGGCUGUUGUGAAUAAUGCUGCUAUGAACAUGGGUGUGCACAGAGCUCUCUGAGACGCUGCUUUCAGUCCUUCUGGCAGUAGAUCUUCAUGGAGGAGCACGGAGUGACCCAAACUGAACACAUGGCUACCAUAGAAGCCCAUGCAGUGGCCCAGCAAGUCCAGCAGGUCCAUGUAGCCACGUACACUGAGCACAGUAUGCUAAGUGCUGAUGAAGACUCCCCUUCCUCCCCCGAGGACACUUCUUAUGAUGACUCGGACAUCCUCAACUCCACGGCAGCUGAUGAGGUAACUGCCCAUCUGGCUGCUGCAGUGCUGGGGAUCAAACCCAGGGCCUCGCAUAUACUAGGUCCUGUGGGAAUGGCCGCUGCUGCUGCUGUGGCAACAGGGAAGAAACGGAAACGGCCUCAUGUGUUUGAGUCUAAUCCAUCUAUCCGAAAGAGACAGCAGACACGUUUGCUUCGGAAACUCAGAGCCACGUUGGAUGAGUACACGACGCGAGUGGGACAGCAAGCGAUUGUACUCUGCAUCUCACCCUCCAAACCCAACCCUGUCUUCAAGGUGUUUGGCGCAGCACCUUUGGAGAAUGUGGUGCGAAAGUACAAGAGCAUGAUCCUGGAAGACCUCGAGUCUGCUCUGGCAGAACACGCCCCUGCGCCACAGGAGGUUAAUUCAGAGCUGCCGCCUCUCACCAUCGAUGGGAUUCCAGUCUCUGUGGACAAAAUGACCCAGGCUCAGCUUCGGGCAUUUAUCCCAGAGAUGCUCAAGUAUUCCACAGGUCGGGGGAAACCAGGCUGGGGGAAAGAAAGCUGCAAGCCUAUCUGGUGGCCAGAAGAUAUCCCAUGGGCCAAUGUCCGCAGUGAUGUCCGCACAGAAGAGCAAAAACAAAGGGUUUCAUGGACCCAGGCAUUACGGACCAUAGUUAAAAAUUGCUAUAAGCAACAUGGGCGGGAGGAUCUUUUAUAUGCUUUUGAAGAUCAGCAAACACAAACUCAGGCCACCACCACACACAGUAUAGCUCAUCUCGUACCAUCACAGACCGUAGUACAGACCUUCAGCAACCCUGAUGGCACCGUGUCGCUCAUCCAGGUUGGUACAGGGGCAACAGUAGCCACAUUGGCUGAUGCUUCAGAACUGCCAACCACAGUCACUGUUGCCCAAGUGAAUUACUCUGCUGUGGCUGAUGGAGAGGUGGAACAAAACUGGGCCACGUUACAGGGCGGUGAAAUGACCAUCCAGACGACGCAAGCAUCAGAGGCCACCCAGGCGGUAGCAUCACUGGCAGAAGCCGCAGUGGCAGCUUCUCAGGAGAUGCAGCAGGGAGCCACUGUCACCAUGGCCCUCAACAGUGAAGCUGCCGCCCAUGCUGUCGCCACUCUGGCGGAAGCCACCUUACAAGGUGGGGGACAGAUAGUCCUGUCUGGGGAAACCGCAGCAGCCGUCGGAGCACUUACUGGAGUCCAAGAUGCUAAUGGCCCAGAUGGAGUUCAUGCAUGGACCAUCAGCAAAGCCGUGACGGCUCCUCAGGCUGCAGGAAAGAUUCAUACAGAUUUUGGAAAGGGAUUCAUUAUGGCGGAAGUAAUGAAAGACGAAGAUCUUAAAGAGGAAAGUUCUGAGAACGCAGCUAAGGCUGCUGGGAAGUACAAACAACAAGGCAGAGCUUACGUUGUUGAAGACGGAGAUAUAAUCUUCUUCAAAUUUAAUUCACCUCAGCAAUUGAAAAAGAAAUAAAAAUUAGCUUUUAACUUUA